UCCAUCUUGUCUGGGUUGUCGAAAGUCCAAAGGCUAAAACCCCCUAGGCCUUACCACUUCCACUUCGCCCGUUUCCCUCCAUCUCCAUGGCAUUGCAAUUCCUUUCUGUUCCACACGUUCUAUCUUCUAAAACAACAAAGAACUCCAUCACUGUAAUUAACUCCCCACACUUUCAUUUUCGUUCCACACUCUUCCUUCCUUCUUUAAAUCCCACUCCAUUCCCAACGCUUCUUCGCUCUCGACCUCCCGGAGCUAUUGGCCCCGACGGCAAGUUCUACCCUAACUCCGCCGACGACGACCCCCCUGAGGUCCUCGACGACUCCUCCCACGGCUUCUCCACCUUCCACCAAAUCCAAGCGCAGGCCAACCGUGCCCGCCAGCUCCAGGAAGAGGACUUCGAGAAGAACCAGUCCACAUACCUCGCCGCCAUAGCUGACGUCGAGGAUGCCCCCGAUAACACCUCCCUUAUCGAUUCUGACAACUCCGGGGACGACCUGUUCGGCGAAAUUGACAAGGCAAUUGCUUUGAAGCGCAAGGAGUUCGUCAAGGAGGGGCUUCUUCCGCCCAAUCCAAGGAAAGAUCCCGCAAUUGAGGGAAUCGAAGAGCUUCAGCCCGAGGAGGUAGUUGAUUUGGAGGAAAUCAGUGAGCUUCAGGGUCUCCGGGUGGUUUCCGCGGAUGAUUCCGACGAACCGUUAUUAAAUGAAGGUGAAUUCCAUGGGCAAAAAUUUCGAGGUUCGGUAUCUGAAUCUCAGUCUCCUUUUGAUUUAGAUUUCGAUAUGUAUGGGAAGAGUAAGGCUAGGAUUGUGGAACCUAAGUUUAGGAUGAGUUUAGCUGAACUUUUGGAUGAGAGCAAGGUGGUGCCUGUUUCUGUGUAUGGUAACUUGGAGGUUGAGAUAACUGGGAUUCAGCACGAUUCAAGGAUAGUAACUUCCGGUGACUUGUUUGUGUGCUGUGUUGGGAGGAAAACUGAUGGGCAUUUGUUCUUGACUGAAGCUGAUAAGCGAGGAGCUGUUGCUGUUGUGGCCAGUAAAGAGAUUGACAUUGAGGAAACCUUGGGUUGCAAGGCUUUGGUCAUUGUGGAAGACACUAAUGCAGUUCUUGCUGCGUUGGCCGCCUCGUUUUAUAGGCAUCCUUCCAAGAACAUGGCCGUUAUUGGCAUAACUGGGACGUAUGGGAAGACAACCACCACAUGUUUGAUAAAGAGUAUGUAUGAGGCGAUGGGGCUACGGACAGGGAUGUUCAACUCGGUUGCUUGUUAUGUGCACGGGGAUAAUCAGUUGGAGUCACAUAAUAAAACCCCAGAUGCUGUUUUAGUUCAGAAUUUGAUGGCGAAGAUGCUUCACAAUGGAACUGAAGCUGUAGUCAUGGAGACUUCUUCUGAUGUAUUGGCUCAAGGGAAGUGUGAUGAGGUUGAUUUUGAUAUUGCGGUCUUUACAAAUUUGAGUGAGGAGGCAGAUAGAGAUGCGAAGGUUAAAUUGUUCUCGAGAAUGGUGGAUCCUGAACGGCAUAGGAAGAUUGUUAACAUUGAUGAUCCAAAUGCACAUUUCUUCAUUUCCGAGGGAACUCCAGAAGUUCCCGUUGUAACGUUUGCAUUGGAUAAUAAGAGUGCGGAUGUUCAUCCCUUGAAGUUUGAACUCUCCUUGUUUGAGACGCAGGUGUUGGUUAAUACGCCCACUGGCAUACUAGAAAUUUCUUCAGGUUUGCUCGGAAAGCAUAACAUUUACAACAUUCUUGCUGCAGUGGCAGUUGGAAUUGCUGUUGGGGCACCCUUAGAGGAUAUUGUUAGAGGGGUUGAAGAGGUUGAUGCAGUUCCUGGUAGGUGUGAGUUAAUUGAUGAAGAACAAGCAUUUGGGGUGAUAGUGGACUAUGCAAAAACUCCCGAUGCCCUUUCUAGAUUGCUUGAUAGUGUAAGAGAGCUUGGACCUCGCAGGAUUAUAACUGUUAUUGGGUGCUGUGGUGAGGGCGACAGGGGGAAGAGACCUAUGAUGACCAAGAUAGCAACAGAUAAAAGUGAAGUGACCAUGCUGACAUCUGACAAUCCCAAGAGUGAAGAUCCAUUGGAUAUUUUGGAUGAUAUGCUGGCUGGGGUAGGAUGGUCAAUGCAGGACUACCUGAAACAUGGAGAGAAUGAUUAUUAUCCACCUCUUCCAAAUGGUCAUAGGCUUUUUCUCCACGACAUUAGGAGGGUAGCUGUGCGAGCUGCAGUUGCAAUGGGAGAGGAGGGUGAUGUAGUUGUGGUUGCCGGCAAAGGUCAUGAAACAUAUCAGUUAGAAGGUGAUAAGAAAGACUUCUUUGAUGAUCGGGAAGAGUGCCGAGAGGCAUUGCAGUACGUAGAUGAGCUUCACCAAGCUGGAAUAGAUACAAGUGAAUUUCCAUGGAGGUUACCAGAGAGCCACUGAUCGCAUUUACUUGUUCCGCUGUACAAAUUGAGCGUGUUUAAAGAAAGCCUUUCCCUGAUUAGAUGCUCACUGGCCUAUGCAAUUUCAGCAAUGAUCUUCAGAGUUCCAACCCAAAGUUACUAGCACUUCAGCAUACUACAGUUUUAUCUAACCGUAUAUUUUUGUUAAUAGAAGUGUAAUAUUUUUUCCUACCCCAUUUGCUGCUUGCAAUGUCCUUCUCACUGUAAUUCUACAUAAUUUAAUUAAUUAAUUAAUUAAGAGUGA